GCCACUGCAAAUGGAGACGACCGCCGAAGCCGACGUUGCGACGGCGGUGGAUGUCGACGGCUUGUUCGACUCAAUAUGGGGCUACCUGAAAGAGGAGGGAUGGAGCUUCUCAAAGUUCAAGGGCACUUCCAUGUAUGUGGCACCUGAUGGAGACCGCGCCAACAUCAAGAUGAACGUGAAUUUGUUUCAAGCAAAGCCCCUCGCACUUGUGCGUGCGCUUGAACUCGCGAAUACAUCCACCACACAACACGCUGCUGCGCUCUGGGAUGCACUAUGGGUCCGCUUGGAGAAGGCCAAACUUGUCUCGAGCUUCGCUCCACUUCAGCAUUGCACGUAUUAUCGAAUUUCCGUCGUAAAUACCCUGGACUCCUUGAUUCCAAACACCACGCUUUUUGAAGAAAAGCGCAGUGCCGUCUUGGCCUGUCUUCGCGGUAUCCACCCUAUAGUAUUCGACUCCAAACCUCCAUCUCGGCCUCGAAACGUCCUUGCUGCCCUUCGACCACAAGAAAUUGUCUCCGAUCGCCAACCUAUCCCCGCAUCCGUGACUUCCACGAGAAACGAAAAGAUUGCUACUCCCGUGGAAAACGAAUCACAGAGCUGCCACGGAUUGAACAGGAUAGCAAAGGACUAUGCAAUCAGCGCAGCAAUGCAGGCCACUGGUCAUCUUCUUGAAAACUUGCCAUUCCGUUCCAACCAAGACUCCAUCGGCUCUGGAAUUAUCGGUACAGCGUCAGCUACCCAGUCGAGCGCAAACCAACACAUAUUCGUUGACAAUGAGUCGACUGCAAGACCAAAGAUAGCGCUACUUUCACGCCAUUCGGAGAAAAACGUCACGUAUCUUGAGACGUGCCAAGACACAUCGGGCGUAAUUGAGACCGUUCACGCAGCAUUGACGUGCAGUUUGAAUGACACGGAACCAGAAGCUGAACCAGAAGUACCCCAAUCUGUCGCUUUACUCCCGUCCCAGCCGCAGCCAACUGAUUGUUGGACCCCGAUGUCGACGGCUAAACAUUCCAGCGAUGCUAUUGAGCCGCUCGUUUCGACGACUUCUGCACCUACCCAACCAAAAAAACUUCGAAAGACUUCUCCCACGACCCAUCGUGAGGUCCUUACGAGGGCAUGGGGGUCGGACCCGGUGGCCACGGCGCAAUUUGAAGACGUGUUUCAAGAACUAACGAAAGCAGGGUGGACUCGGUGCUCCAACAAGAUCGGUGACAUUUAUUGCAAGCCAGGAGUGAACCCGUUCACAGGCAUCGCCGGCGAAACAAUUUUCUGUAGCUCAGCAGAAGUCAAAAUGCAUUUGGUUGCAACUGGCGAAUGGGCGCGAUAUGAAGCGAUCGUGCUCAAGAAGAUACCGAAACAUGAAGAAGGUAGCCAGGACUUGUGGAUGCAGCUGAAGGCGUGCAGAUGGACGCGCAAGCGCGUUGCCUGUGGAGGGUACGAAUACUUCGCGCCCAACGACAGCACAGACAACGGUAGUUUAGUGGAUGAUGCCGCGAAUGGCGAACCACUUGAAUCGGCACAACCAACAAAUUCCGAAAGAAAACCCCUUCGUUGCGACAAGAUUGGGGGGGCACUUACGCCGGCUCCUGCACUUGUGCAUGCUGUCGAAGAAAACGGAGAUGGAAUCCCAGACAUCUUAGCAACCAGCAAAGCCGAACCCCAGCCUACCCGCGACACAGCUCCCGUGGUCAGUCACACACUUGAGGCGAGAACGCCGCCAGUAUCUCACGCAGGCCACCCUCUCGAACACCAAGCAUUGUUUGAGAACGUCGCACAUCCAGCCACGCAAGAAAUCUACUCGGAAGUCGGAGCACCCCACGUCCACCCACAGCUGACGACUCCAGCUACCACGCUGCAUUUGCCUCACAACGCUUCGGAAAACAAUCCAAAGCCGAUGGCACUCCAUUUCAAUCACCCCGUCGAGUCCAACGUGCCUGUUGCUGCCUCUCCAAAAAUCGCAGCCCAUCUACCCGAAACCCCCGUUCAUAUGGGAAAGCGCAGCAACAUCUCCACCAGCAACCUCACUCACGCAGCUUCGCCGUACCGACCUAUUUCUUCGGCAGUUCCUGGCGGCAGCUCAACCAGUCCCGGAUCAAACCGCCCCGUGAUGCAGGUCAAGAGCCCCGCAGGCGACUCCGACUGUCCCCGGACACCGCCAAGUCCUGGCAAACUAAACGGCAUGGCUAAUCUUCACGAAAAGUUUGUGUGCCCAUAUCCAACAUCUCAGGACGUCGACGGAGUACUUGAGGUGGACGCUCCCAUUGCGCAAGAGCCAUUGGAGUCAACCGGUUCAUGUGAAGUGCCGCAGAUGAAAGAGGCAUUUUCCAACGACGAUAGCAUGUCAAACGAGUCUACCUUAAUGAUGUCAACCAGCGAACCAUCCUUCCAUUCUCGAUGCGCCGACGCUUGUUCGAUGGCAAACCAGCGGGCAACAGUCCUGAAAGCGCUGAGUCCGAAUUACCCGCUUGAGACGCUGACUCACCGCAGAGACCAAUGGCAAGUCGCCAUGGAGUUCGUGAAGAGCUGUUUUCCGUCAAGCACCUCACGCGCGUUUGGAAGCGUGUGUGUGUCGGGGCCACGGGGGACAGGAAAAUCAGCGAUGGUGUCUUUGAUGGAGAAGGCGUUGGUGUCACUGUGGCCGAACAGGACACGUCCACUUCGAGUGGUCCACCAAGAUGCAGAGGCUGCGCUGAGCAGUGGUCGAAAUGUGUUUGCCGACGUUGCAACUGCCAUCACUAAAUUGCAGCAUGCACAUGACGUGAACGCCAUCGACGCCCUCGAUCGCAUCUUCCGCGACACGAGCCACUUUCAACCUGUCACUUUGCUCGUGUUGGACAAGGUGGAUGUGCUGUUCAAUGGCUGUGGCAUCUUUGAUCGGUUUAUGGAAUGGGCCCAUCAACCCCACUCGACCCUCAUUGUGGUGGCCAUUUCCAACACGAUCGAGCUCACCAGGGCAUACUUGCGACGCCAGCAGUGGAAUUCGGUGUCGAUCGUGUGUUCGCCGUACGAUAAAUUGGCCCUUGGCGGGAUUUUAUCCCACCGAUUGAACCAGCAUCACCACGAAAUGCCGCUCAUCGACGGCGCCGCGAUCGAAUACGUUGCCGAGCAAGUUGCUGCGAUCUCGGGCGACGCUCAAAUGGCCAUGGAUAUUUGUGUCGUUGCAAUCUUGAUGCAGGAGCAGCACGACGCCAACGUCCCCGUGUCUCUAAGCGCCAUGACGAUGGCCACGUCGGCAUGUCUGACGCACUUUCGAGACCAGCUCAUGCACGCGUUGCCUUCGACGACGCAGAUGGUUUUGUACAUGCUGAUGCGCCUGGUGGAUGUCUCUGGACUUGGCUCAUCCAAGCGCGCGUUCGAAGCAUACUGCGAUCGACAGCAUGCUCUCUCGUGGGAAGAAUGGGCUGCGGAAAUGCACAUCCUCGAAGUUAACGGCGUCGUCGCCAUGAACGGCGACACGUACAAAUUGCGGGUGACUUUGGAAAACGUAGCGCAUGUCGCCGGCCCCCGUACCAAGAGUACAGCUUAACGGUUUCCUCGUUCCAAGACCCGAGCAAUUUCGGGAGAAGUUGUGGCCGGCUUAACGAAAACGGGAGCCGCGUGAUGACCGGGACGCGAUCAUGCUGUCAGAUACGUGCAGCGAGGCCGAGUAAGCAUGUGUGGCGCACUGGAUAAGUAUGUACAGAAUUUCACGAUCGAUCAGGAAUCCUUCGGUCGUGAUCAUGGCCCCGUAUUCGUGGCAGCUACUACAUCUUGCUCAUGUUAUUUUGCAUGUUCUGCCGCUUGAUCGCGGCUUCGAAGGUGUCCCCGGUAGGGAUCGGUUGGGAGGACGCAGGAUCCCCCUUUGGUGGCCGGCU